AUGACCCAAGAUGUAGUGACCUAUGAUGAUGUGGAUGUGAACUUCACUCAAGAAGAAUGGAUUUUGCUGAAUCCUUCACAGAAGAAUCUCUACAAAGAUGUGAUGCUGGAGACCUACAAGAACCUCAUUACUAUAGGCUACAAUUGGAAAGACCGUAAUAUUGAAGAACAGUGUCAAAGUUCCAGAAGACAUGGAAGGCAUGAAAGAAGUCCUACCGGAGAGAUACCCUCUGAAUAUUCUCAGUGUGGUAAAGCCUUUGCAUGUCACAGUUAUCCUCAAAGGUAUGAAAGAAUUCAUACUGGAGAGAAACCCUAUGAAGGUAUUCAAUAUGGUGAAUCUUUAGCACAUCACAGUAGCCUCCAAAUUCAUCUACAAAUGCAUAAAAUAACACAUACUGGAGAGAAAACUAACAAAUGUAAUCAAUGUGGUAAAGCCUUUGCAUAUCAUGGUUAUCUCCAAGUACAUAAAAGAAUACAUACUGGAGAGAAACCCUAUGAAUGUAAUCAAUGUGGCAAAGCCUUUGCAAAUCCUGUUCAUCUUCAAAGACAUAAAAGAAUUCAUACCGGAGAGAAACCUUACAAAUGUAAUGAAUGUGGUAAAGCCUUUGCAUUUAACACUAAUCUCCGAGUACAUAAAGCAACGCAUACUGGAGUGAAACCCUAUGAAUGUAAGCAAUGUAGUAAAUCCUUUGCCUUUCAUGUUCAACUUCGAUAUCAUGAAAGAAUUCAUACUGGGGAGAAACCCUAUAAAUGUAAUCAAUGUGGUAAAGCCUUUACACGACACAGUUGUCUCCAGAGGCAUAAAAUAACACAUAUUGGAGAGAAAACUUACAAAUGUAAUCAAUGUGGUAAAGCCUUUGCAUGUCGUAGUUAUCUCCAAGUACAUAAAAGAACACACACUGGAGAGAAACCCUAUGAAUGUAAUCAAUGUGGCAAAGCCUUUGUACGCUCUGGUCAUCUUCAAACACAUAAAAGAACACAUACUGGAGAGAAACCCUAUGAAUGUGAUCAGUGUGGCAAAGCCUUUGUAAGUCCUGGUCAUCUUCAAACACAUAAAAGAACACAUACUGGAGAGAAACCCUAUGAAUGUAAUCAAUGUGGUAAAGCCUUUGCAUAUCAUGAUCAUCUUCAAAUACAUAAAAGGGCACAUACUGGAGAGAAACCCUAUGAAUGUAAUCAAUGUGGUAAAGCCUUUGCAUAUCCUGUUCAUCUUCAAAUACAUAAAAGGGCACAUACUGGAGAGAAACCCUAUGAAUGUAAUCAAUGUGGUAAAGCCUUUGCAUAUCCUGGUUAUCUCCAAGUACAUAAAAGAAUACAUACUGGAGAGAAACCCUAUGAAUGUAAUCAAUGUGGUAAAGCCUUUGCACAGGCUGGUUAUCUCCAAGUACAUAAAAGAACACAUACUGGAGAGAAACCCUAUGAAUGUAAUCAAUGUGGUAAAGCCUUUGCAUGUCCUGGUUAUCUCCAAGCACAUAAAAGAACACAUACUGGAGAGAAACCGUAUGAAUGUAAUCAAUGUGGUAAAGCCUUUAAAUAUCAUGGUCAUCUUCAAAUACAUAAAAGAACACAUACUGGAGAGAAACCCUAUGAAUGUAGUCAAUGUGGUAAAGCCUUUGCAUAUCCUGGUUCUCUCCAAGUACAUAAAAGAACACAUACUGGAGAAAAACCCUAUGAAUGUGGUCAGUGUGGUAAAGCCUUUGCACAGUCUGGUUAUCUCCAAGCACAUAAAAGAACACAUACUGGAGAGAAACCCUAUGAAUGUAAUCAAUGUAAUAAAGCCUAUGCAUAUCCUGGUUAUCUCCAAGUACAUAAAAGAACACACACUGGAGAGAAACCGUAUGAAUGCAAUCAAUGUGGUAAAGCCUUUGCAGGUCAGAAUGUUCUUAAAAGACAUGAAAGAAUUCACACUGGAGAGAAACCUUACAAAUGUAAUGAAUGUGGGAGGGUAGAAACCACCUCAGUAUCCCCCAACCGUGGCAUGGACGCAAUAAAUUUUGAUGAUGUGCAUAUCAACUUCACUGGAGAAGAGUGGAAUUUGCUGGAUCCUUCCCAGAAGAAUCUCUACAAAGAUGUGAUGCUGGAGACCUACAGGAACCUCACUGAUAUAGGGUACAAUUGGGAAGACCACCGUAUUGAAAAAGAAUUUCAAUAUUCUAGAAGGUACGAAAGGCAUGUAAGAAGUCAUAUUGGGGAGAAACCAUAUGAAUGUAAUCAAUGUGGUAAAGCCUUUAUAAGACCCAGUCAUCUCCAAAGACAUAAAAUAAUACAUACUGGAGAAAAACCUUAUGAAUGUAAUCAAUGUGGUAAAGCCUUUUCACAUCAGAGUGCUCUCCAAAGUCAUAAAAGAACCCACACUGGAGAGAAACCUUAUGAAUGUAAUCAGUGUGGUAAAGCCUUUGCAAGACCCUAUCAUCUCCAAUGUCAUAAAAGAACACAUACUGGAGUGAAACCUUAUGAAUGUGAUCAAUGUGGUAAAGCAUUUUCACGAAGGAGUACUCUACAAUAUCAUAAAAGCACACAUACUGGAGAGAAACCUUAUGAUUGUAAUCAUUGUGGUAAAGCCUUUGCAAGAAGCAUUAUUCUUCAAAAACAUAAAAGUGUACAUAUUGGAGAGAAACCUUAUGAAUGUAAUCAAUGUGGUAAAGCCUUUUCACAUCAGAGUGGUCUCCAAUAUCAUAAAAAAACACAUACUGGAGAGAAACCUUAUGAAUGUAAUCAAUGUGGUAAAGCCUUUGUUUGUCAGAAUAGUCUCCAACGUCAUAAAAGAACCCACACUGGAGAGAAACCUUAUGACUGUAAUCAGUGUGGUAAAGCCUUUUCACAUCACAGUGCUCUCCAAAGACAUAAAAGAAUACAUACUGGAGAGAAACCUUAUGAAUGUAAUCAGUGUGGUAAAGCCUUUUCACGUCAGAGUGCUCUACAAAGUCAUAAAAGAACACAUACUGGAGAGAAACCUUAUGAAUGUAAUCAAUGUGGUAAAGCCUUUGCAAGAGCCUAUCAUCUCAAAAGUCAUAAAAGAAUACAUACUGGAGAGAAACCUUAUGAAUGUGAUCAGUGUGGUAAAGCAUUUUCACAACGGAAUACUCUACAAUAUCAUAAAAGAACACAUACUGGAGAGAAACCUUAUAAAUGUAAUCAAUGUGGUAAAGCCUUUUCACAUCAGAGUGCUCUACAAAGUCAUAAAAGAACACAUACUGGAGAGAAACCUCAUGAAUGUAAUCAAUGUAAUAAAGCCUUUGCAAGACCCUAUCAUCUCAAAAGUCAUAUAAGGACACAUACUGGAGAGAAACUUCAUGAAUGUAAUCAAUGUGGUAAGGCAUUUUCACAACGGCGUACUCUACAAUGUCAUAAAAGAACACAUACUGGAGAUAAACCUCAUGAAUGUAAUCAAUGUGGUAAAGCCUAUUUGCAUGUCCCACUACUUUCCAAAACAUAAAAGACCCAUACUGGAAAGAAACCUCAUUAAUGUAGUCAAUAUGUUAAAGACUUUUCACAACCUUGUAGUCUCUAUUAGUAUAAAAGAACAUAUACCAGAGAGAAAACAAAUGAAUGUAAUCAGCAUUCUAAAGCAUUUGCAAGUCACAGUCAUCUGCAUUAUAGUUAUCGCCCAAUACAUAAAACAACACAUUCUGUAGAGAAACUGCAUGAAUGUCAUGAAUGAGAGAAAGCCUUUGCAUAUCACAGUUGUCUCCAAAUACAUGAAGGAGCACACAGUGGAGAGAAGCCCUGUGAGUUUAAUGAAUGUGGUAAAGCCUUUGCUUGUCACUGUACUCUCUAAAUACUUGAAGGAG